AUGUCGUCAUCGAAGUCGUUGGAGGUCGAGAAAGCUCCGGAGCCGUCGGAGUUGGUCCGCCCUGACGGCUCAUACUUGUCCCAUCUGGUGGAGGACAUGCUGCAAGAGAUGGGAGUAUCGCACUAUGACAAUCGCACGACCCAUUUGCUGUCGCUUUCACUGCUCGACGACGCCCAGCAGCAGAGCGAGAACCGCAUAUCGCAGGAAAAGCAGCGCCUGCUGCAGAAUUCCACCAUCGCAGCCAAGCUGCCCAAACUGAGCGUGACCGUCAGUGAGGAGGACGCCCAGCUGGCCUGCCAGCAGUACCUCUCUCGACACGUUGGGAAAUCGUCCUUCCUCCAGGACAUCAAGGAGAUGCAACGUUACGCGAACAGCGUGCGUCUUGGUGUGAAGACGAUCACCCUGCCGCCGUCGAAGCAGAGCAGGGGAUUCCUGGCCGCUCUGCGCUCAAGCGACGUUCUGCAGGGCAGCAACAUUGGGGUUCUUCCCCACCGGCUCGCCGCCGCACCUCCCCGAGAACAUCUCGCUCAACACCCUGGUAGGUGA